AUGGAUAUAAGUUUGGGAUACGUGUCAUUUAUAAAUAAUGCCCCACGUGUUUUGGGAACCCCUAAACCGUGCGGAGCGAGGAUUGUAGCUAGGCCUGCGAGGAUUCCGGCUCGGAUAGGAGUGGCAUCUCCAAGGCCUGUGAGGAUUACGGCUCGGAUAGAAGUGUUAUCUCCGAGGCAUGCGAGGAUUGCGGCUCAGAUAGAAGUGUUAUCUCCAAGGCUUGCGAGGAUUGCGGCUCGGAUAGAAGUGGCGUCUCCGAGGCCUGUGAGGAUGGAAUUGACGGUAUUAAUGGAAUUGACGGAUAUGGAAUGGGGGUACGCCUAG